AUGCCAACUGGAGACCUUGUGAAUGUAGCAGGAAUGGGCUCAUUGGUGAUUGAUACAAAUAAGGGCAUAAAGUAUGUUAGAAGUCAAAUUGAUGAGCAUGGAUAUUUCUUGGUGUUUGGUGGUGGAAUGUGCAAUGUGUAUGAUGGUCCAUCACUGGAAAGCUUAGUUAUGAAAGUGAAGAAGAAAGUGAAUAGGUGCUAUCCAUUGUCUUUAUUAUCUGAGAACCAAGUGGUUUUGAAAGCUAGUGUCCCUACUGAGACUUAG